AUGCCGUCCAGGUCUAAGACCCUGUACUUCACGUCCAGUGCGCUGGCCACGGCCAUAUCGGUGGGAAUCUUGGGUUUUGCCAUGUCCACAGAGUGGGCGACCAAGACCAUGGUCUGCGCCCGGGGAACAAGCAGCUUCUUUAACGGCUCGGCCACCAUCACGCUGGAGCUUUUUGACGCCAAGCUGGAGAGAGACAUUUGUCCCCUGUUCGGACCCCCUGUGGACUUCCCAGUGUUUCCAAAGCUGAUAGAAACCAAAGGCGUCCCUAUGGUUCUGCACGGGGUGUCCUUGGGUCUGCUGGUGUUGUGUCUGCUGUCGUCGACCAUCAGCAUCCUGGUGUCGCUCUACAACAGCGUCAGUAACCCCUACGAGACCUACAUGGGGCCCGUGGCCGUCUACACCUGCAGCUCUAUCAGCGCGUGUUUGUCUUUCCUGGUCCUCGUCCUUUUCGUGGCCAACUUCCUGGCGACCACCAUAGCCGAGGACCUGGUGAGGAGCUUCGCCGAGAACGUCCCGGUGGAGCUGAGGAUCAUGUCGUCCCAGAUGCAGCUGGGCUACUACCUGCUCAUCCCGUACACGGCGCUCUCGCUGCUCGCCGUGGCCCUCAUCUACGCCUACGACCACGCCGCCUACACCCAGCGGCGGGAGCAGCAGAGGCCCACGGAGGACGCGCCCAAGGAGAUCAUGAUGUAUUAA